AGUCUUAGCAGUACCCUCCAGUACCACAAUGCAACCUACCUGCUCUAACGUCGUCUGCACAUCAUCCAAGGCUGCCCAAGACUCAUCAUCAUCUCAUCACUGCACCCGUCACUCUAACCCAACACCCGUCUCAAUGCGCUUCUCAUCUGAUGAUGACUCUUGCAUUAACUUCAAUGCACCUCAGUGCUGCCACUGUGGCUGGCGAGGAUCUCACUCACCCAGCUGUCCCUUCCGCUGAGCACGCUUUUUUACGAUAUUUAAUCCCUUUGAUCGUAAGUCCCCUGUUCCUAUUGUUUCGCAUCAUCCACUAAGUCUCAUCACAGACAAUUGUUCUCAUCAUCGAUCA